AUGUUUCGUCAAUUGGGUAUUCUCGCCCUCGCGGCGACGGCUACAUUUGCACAGGAUGUGGAUAAUGAAGGCGCUGAUGUUCACGCCGAGUUCUGGAAGAAACCGUGGGCCUCAUCGAAAGGACUUCAGCACCUCGUGAAAGAGAAGAGCCUGCUUGACUGCGCGCAGACUCUCGAAGACUUUGCGUACGCCACGGAGGGGAGGAAUCGACUGGCUGGCUCGAAAGGCCAUAACGAUACCGUUGACUUCCUGUACAAGGAAUUGAGCAAGCUCAACUACUACAACGUGACACUGCAGCCUUGGUCAGCGUUGAUCCAAGAGUCGGGUGACGCAAACUUCACCCUUGAUGGAGAGAAACAGAGUACCUCUAUCUUCUCUUACUCACCAUCAGGCAAUGCUACUUCGCCGCUCGUGAUUGUGGACAACCUUGGCUGCGAAGCGUCUGAUUACCCCGCCGAGCUCUCGGGGAAAAUCGCUCUCAUCUCUCGUGGUGAAUGCGAGUUUGGUGCGAAGAGUGUGAGCGCUGGUCUCGCGGGCGCUGUGGGGGCCGUUAUUUAUAACAAUGUCCCUGGGGAUUUGAAUGGAACUCUGGGGGUUCCUAGUCCUGAUAGACCAUACGUUCCGACCGUUGGCCUGUCCCAGGAAGCCGGCGCUGCUGUCAUUGCGAAGAUCCAAGGUGGCGCGGAAGUUAUUGGGGAGCUCUCCACCUACAGUGUCAUCAAGGAAACAUUCACUAAUAACGUCCUUGCCACAACAAAGGGUGGUGACCAGGACAACAUCCUUGCAGUCGGAGCUCAUAGCGAUUCGGUUGCUGAGGGUCCCGGCAUCAACGACGACGGCUCCGGCAUCUGCGGCCUCCUCGAAGUCGCAAAAGACCUUGCUCGCUUCAAGACUAAGAAUGCAGUUCGCUUCGGCUGGUGGUCCGGUGAAGAAGAAGGCCUGCUCGGCAGCACCUACUACGUUGCGACGUUGUCCGAACCCGAGGCGGCCAAGAUCAAGGCGUACCUCAACUUCGACAUGAUUGCCAGCCCGAACUACUACUACGCCAUCUACGACGGCGACGGAUCGACCUUCAACCUCACCGGCCCGCCUGGGUCCGCGGAGCUCGAGCAUUUCUUCGAGGACUUUUACACCAAGAAGGGCCUGAACUUCACCGCCACCGAAUUUGAUGGCCGAUCCGACUAUGGCCCGUUCCUCGACGUCGGCAUCGCCAGCGGAGGCACCUUCACCGGCGCAGAGGGCAUCAAGACGGAGGAGGAAGCUGCCCAGUUCGGCGGCGAGGCCGGCGUGCCAUAUGACGUCAAUUACCACCAGGCGGGUGACAACGUGACCAACCUUGCCCUGGACGCGUUCGAGGUCAACACCAAGGGCAUCGCUGCCGCGGUCGGAACGUAUAGUAUAAGCUUUGAGGGGUUGAACCUUAAUACUACCACGGUCGCGCGCAGGGGGGCGCCGGCGGCGCGGUUGGCGAAGCGUUGGAACAAGCAGCUGCUCAAGAGGAACUUUGACCUGCAGACGGCGAGGAGGAGGUAUGCGGACAAGAAGUGUGGCAGUAAGUCGCAUGAUUAUCACCUGUACAAGUGA